UGCUGGCGCAACAGGUUCCUUAAGAUAUUCCACGAUCUCAUCUCUCAUGGGGUCUGGAUUAUCGAUAGCAUCUCUGAAAAUAAAUAUAAAAAUACAAGAAAGUCAAAAAAUGGGAAAUAAGAGCUGUUGUUUGGGAAAAGCUGAAGAUGAAGAAUAUCCAGAGAAGCCGAACAAUUUUUGUAAUAAUGUCAAGAAGCAUAGUAAAACAUUUUCGACUAUAAACGGAAAAAAUAUAAAAGGGGAAAGUUAUUCAAAUUUACAACAUAUUAGUGAAAGGGAACCUGAAGAUAACCUUAAAGACCCUUCAAGUAAUCCGUCUGCUGGUCCUUUAUUUGUGUCUAAAUCAAAACUUGAUCUACUUAGUUUAAAUGAAAAGAAAAGAGACUAUAAAAAUUCGACUAGGCAUCGUAGUUCUUCGUCCUUGCUUCCCACCCCUUUUAACGCAGAUACUCACCUUUCUUCCUCCUUCACGACUGCGAGUCAUGUUCGCCGGGCUACCAGUUUUAAACCUCACACAAUCAUGCCAAAUCCACACGGAGGCACUAUUCAUUCUUCACGGUAUUAUCGCGAACUUCGUCGUCCUAGUUCUUGCUCCACCAUUUACCUAGAUGAUUGCACCGCCAGUCGCCCUCACCUAAAAAUGACGGUGAAAUCUCUCGCGCUUGCAACUUACUAUCAUACGCGUCGCCUAGAAUCUCCACGAGCUCACAGUUCUGGAGAUCCUUUAUGCAAUACCCGCGGCUCCAAACGUAGUAGCAGAAGACGCGAACCCGACUCACUUAUUUUUGAUGAAACGUUGCAUCCACUAAAUAAAGAAACUCAUCACGAACGAGAAAUGAAAGAACCAGAUUUCAAGACGAUCUAUAAAUUUUUACGUAACCUAUUCAGCAACGCUCAACUCACGGCCGAAUGCGGGGUCAUUGCUUUGGUAUAUCUCGAGCGGCUUUUAACCUACUCCGAACUUGAGUUAACGCCCAGUAUUUGGAAAAGAAUCUUGCUGGGAGCCAUUAUAUUGGCUUCUAAAGUGUGGGAUGAUCAAGCCGUAUGGAACGUCGAUUAUUGUCAGAUUCUUAAAGAAGUUCCAGUGGAAGAUGUAAACCAGCUAGAAAAAGAAUUUUUGGAGCAUUUGCAAUUUAACAUAAAUGUGCCUUCUAGCGUUUACGCCAAAUAUUAUUUCGAACUUAGACUUCUCGCCGAAAAUAAUGAAAUGUUAUCAAAAUCGAAACCACUGGACAUGAAGAGAGCUAAAAAAUUAGAUGCCUUAUCGCGUUUUGAUAAUGAUGCUUUUUACAAGAACACUGUGGCCAAUCUGAUUAAAAGAAAAUGCUUAAGCGCAGAAUGUUUGCCUCAGCCAGGGAGGCUUUCCAGAGUCGUAUUAUCCUAAAAUAAAAACAAAUUUCGUAUUACUCCUCAAAUUUUAAAUUUCGGCAUCAAUCAUAAUGAUUUAUAUAAUAUUUUCGACGAUUUAUAUUUAUUAAUUUUUUGAUAAGAAUUAUAAGACCCAAUAUUUUUUUUAUGUUUUAAAACAAUUUUA